GAAAAGUCGGCGGGUGGCGCUGUUCCAAACAUGGUUUAGCGCCGGAGAUAAGCACCGUCUCCUCCCGAUCGGAGAUUCUUCUUUACAACAACAACUUGCAUCGAGACAAUCUUACUACUAGUCGCGGACAGUCAAUGGAGACACAAUGGCUCUAUGCUUGUGACGAUUGAUAUUAAAUAUAUACUAAAAUUGUUGUUUGACCUGCAGUCCUGGAGCUGAUCGCGAUCCGGAGAAAACCCCGCCAGCUUAUCAAUCUAAAGCGCCGGUCUAUCAAAAUCAUGGCGGACAACGCAGAACUCGAGUCGUUUCGACGCCAGUGGCGCGAAGAGGUUGCGCAGAGGACGAGGCCUGCCAGGUCAGGCCCCCCUAAACCCGGAGCACCUGCGCCAACAUCGACAACGACAGCCCGAUUGGGUCAAUUUCCCCCCACUCGCCACGAAGCAUCGGAGCGCAAGGAUGAAGACGAGGAUGAUGGGAUCCUGGCUCCUCCGGCGGAACAGGAGGAGAUUGUGCAGCAAAUUGGGCAUAUGAGUCUGGCUGACGAGGAUGCGUUUCAUCCUCGAGUUCCAGAGAAAGAGCCCAGUUCGGCUCUGGAGCAUUUCGAAAAAGCGGUGCAAAAGGAGGAGGAGGGUAGCUUGGGAGACAGUCUGCAACUCUACCGCAAGGCCUACCGGUUAGACUCGACUGUCGAUAAAUCUUACCGCGACAAGCAUUUUGCCUGGGCAUGGAAGAAACCCACACAGCCUCCUGGUCCCAAUGCUCCAACUGCUAGUACUACAACAGUGAAACAAGACGAAGAGAAAUCCGAUAUUCUACCAACGCCCGACCUCAUCGCAUCCUUUGCGCAUUUACCCAUCCCGCCGGCCGAACCUGAAAUCGAAAACACACCUCCGCCCCCGUGCCCUAUUGCCAAAGUCCCGUCUGAAGUUAUUGUUGAGAUUCUGAAGCAUGUGGCUUUGAUGGACCCGGCAGCUUUUGGUCGGAUAUCGUUCGUGUGUAAACGUCUGGCAUACCAUUUCGCACAUGACCAACACAUCUGGAGACGGCUUUGCCAGGGAUCAGAGUUCGGGUUUAAAUCGAUGCACUAUUCGUUUGCUUGCGACGUGUUUGGUAACCCAGAAUACACGCUUGCUCCUCGUUACACUCCAUUUCCUUUUGAUACACCAUUACAGAUCCCGAGUCCGUUUGAUUCAUGGAGCGAAGUCUUCCAAAUGCUUCCCCGGAUCCGUUUCACAGGGAUCUAUAUCAGCACGGCCAACUAUACCCGACCCGGUGGAGCCUCCGCAUACCAGAACGUAUCGUGGAACAGCCCCAUUCACAUCAUAACCUACUACCGAUACCUACGAUUCUACCCAGAUGGAACUGUUCUUUCGCUGCUGAGCACCACGCCGCCGCUAGAUGUGGUUCCAUACAUAAACAAGGAAAAUGUGAUGAUGGCACGAGGAACUUCUCAUCGACAGCAGCAACAGCAACAAAAGCCAUCGGACUCCGGUCAUAAAACCGCCGGAUCAUCCGAUUAUGUUCCUCCUGUAGCAAUGGCAGCGUUGAAAUACACCCACCGGGGCCGGUGGCACCUGGUCAAACCGACUACGCUACCAGACCCACCAAACCCGAACGCCAGGCCCGAGCUGGCACCAGACCCAUCGUUACUAGGUAAAACCCCGGAAGGCGUCGAAAAUGAUUCUCGAGACAUCAUCAUUGAAACCGAAGGAGUUGGUCCGAAGUACAUCUACACGCUCCAUUUGGCCUUGCGGUCAUCUUCUGGUGGAACCAAGCCUGCGAACUCCAAUGUUUCACCACCCAACCCGGCCAAGAAUACGAAGCUGGCUUGGAAGGGGUAUUGGAGUUAUAAUAACCUCACGGAUGACUGGGCUGAGUUUGGGCUGCGGAAUGACCGGGCAUUUGUGUUCCGGCGUGUUCGGGGGUGGGGUAUGAAUUGAUACGACUUACGAUACUAGAUACUGAUGAUCUUGUCAGUUAUAAAAUUAUUGGGAAUAGACAUGUGAAUAGUGUAUAGGCCAUGAUUUGUCAAAUAGGAACGGCAGAUAUAUUUGUAAAGAGGCAAAUCGUCAAUCAUCAUCAUCAGGAUGACGAGGCACCUUCUCACAACAUAGCACCUUGACACCGGUCCAGCAAGUCUUGCCAUCCCCUGUACGAUCAACUCCCG